AUGACGCCCGCUUUCCUUCGCGCCCGUCGCACACUUCUCUUUCCCUCUGCCCAGAGUUACUCCCGCACUCCGAAUGCCACGCGCUUCCUCAUGACUGGCCCGCGGAUGCAAGAUCUCCCCCCGCUCCCCGACGCCCCGACGAACGCACCCAACGCGCUCGUCGUGGGCGAUAGCGUGUCCGUAUGUAACCCGGACAUCUCGCAGCCCGAAACAGAAAAAUGUACAUACAUACCUGCGAAUAAGAUGACUGUACACUUCCGUCAACCGUCCGCGAUGGCUCGUGUGAGAGUGCCGCUCGCCGCCGCGCUGCGCCGUCGGGGCUCGGACGUCGGUGCGCGCACGCUGCGCAGGUCGCUGCCGAACCUCGCCGAGGUCACUGACGCUGCUAGGCGCCCAACUUGCGCCUGA